GAGGGAGAGCGCAGAGGACAAUGACACAGUCAAACAGCUGGGAAAGAAAGUUGAGGAACUACAGGCAGCCCUAGAAAAGAAAGCGACAGAAACAGAGUUUGAAAAGGAGGACGGAGGACGGAGGAGGGGAGAGUGAGAGGGUGAGGAGCCUCAGGGAGAGGGUGAGCGAACUGGAGGCCACCCCGGCGGAGAGCAAAGAGUCAGGGAGAGCUGGGGGAAAGAGAGAGAGAGUGGUAGAGCCAGACGGAGAGGUGUUGCGUAGGCUCCAGGGCCGUGUGGUGGAGCUGGAGGGGAAGCUGAGGGACUGUGUUCCCCAUUCGGAGAUGGACGAGGUGCAGGUGACCCUGGUCUGCAGUGUGAGCAGCUGGCCAGGGAGAGGUCCGAGGCCAGCCUGAGACUGAACGAGGCCCAACUGGAGCUGGAGAGACUACGGCCAACCAGCCCCACACACUGUCAGGGAGAUGAGGAAGAGAGGUCGGAAGGGUCAGAGCCCUCCAUCACAUCAGAGUGCUCCCUGAGACGGGUGAGGGAGGAACUGGAGGUGGCUAGGCAGGAAGCAGCUCAAGCUCCGGACUGUCUGUGUGCGGAGCGUGAGGGUUGGUCUCAGGACACCCUCCACCUGAGACAUGCAGUACCCCUGUCCCAACACACAGAGGUGUUGACGGCUCUGUCGGAGCAGCUGGCCCAGACAGCCCAGGAACUGCAGGCGGAGAUGCCACGCCCAGACAGAGACGGCCAGGCUGGAUGCCCAACUACAGGACCUUAUACCCUGGGAGGAGCAUGACAAAGUUAAGGUGGAGCUGCAGCGCUCCCUGCAGGCCAGUGAGAACAGUGCGGCGGAGGCCAAGUGGGCUUUGAGUGUGAAGGAGACAGAGCUGAGAGACCUGAGGUCCAGAAGGCUGUGGAACAGGGCAUGGUGUCCAAGGAGGACCACGAGUCCCAGCGCCUCUCACUGAAGGCCAAGAUCAACGCAUUCACCGCCCAAUUCAACAACCUCACACGCAAACACAAGAAGACUUGCACCGAGGUGUUCCAGGUGCAGCGUGAGGCUCUGUUUAAUAAGAGUGAGUGUCAGGUGGCCGAGGCUCAGCUGGCCACGGCGCAGCAACAGCUGGCUGACCUGCAGGCCCAGUCCAGCCACGUCCAGGAGCUCCACAAAGACAUCCAGGACUCCCAGGCCCUGGUCAAGGAGAAGGACCACAAGGUAAGACUGAGACACAAAUGAUAGAAGUCAAAUUUAGCGACAAUGUCCUUUAUUCAAAAUCAACCCGUAGCCCCUCCCCCUUCGCCUGGCUACCCAUCCACAUCACUCUGGUCAAACACCACACCAACUAACAUUUAUUCUACACGAGGAGUCUGGAUUUGAUCUCCUCCCUG